UCAUACUGCUUUUGCACCACAUUAAAUCAAGUGCUUGUUCGAAUCGUAAGAUUCAAUUUUUCCUCCACGUGUGUAGAUCUGUAAUCAUAACGAGUAAGUUGGAUUUAAUUGAGUAAAAAAUGACGUGGACACCGGCUAGUGUGACAGAAAAUUGUAUUCAAACUGCGUUUGUCUCAACCUGCCAGCCUUCCUUUUUGACUUUACUAACUUUUUUGACACAAAAACUUGGGAACUCGAAAGAUGAUAAAUUCAGUAUUCCUCAAGUAUCCAAAAGUGAGGAAAACGAACAAGAUCAAUACGAUUUCAUCGUCGUUGGUGCUGGUAGUGCGGGUUGCGUCGUAGCCAAUCGUUUGACCGAAUUGAAAAUGUGGAAGGUGUUAUUGCUAGAAGCUGGAGAUGAGCAGCCUUUGAUAUCAGAUGCGCCAGGAUUCGCAGGACUGUUGGCUGACAGUAGUAUCGAUUACGCUUACAAUUACCAUAAUGAACAUUCGAUGCUCGAUUGCUAUGGUAAUUCCUGCCAGGUACCACGUGGGAAAGUCAUGGGGGGCAGCAGUUCGAUCAAUGGUAUGGUUUACGUCCGAGGAAGUAAACAGGAUUACAAUGAUUGGGCGGAUCUUGGUAAUCCUGGCUGGAGUUGGAAGGACGUAUUGCCCUACUUCAAGAAAUCAGAAGAUUUGAGAGAACCCAUUCCUUCCAGUGAUCCAAAAGAUCACGGUACUGGGGGAUAUUUAGGCAUUGAAUUACCAAAACCUAAUAAAAACACUGAUGCCGUUAUUGCCUCCUGGAAAGAAUUGGGUUUCAAGGAAAAUGAUUACAACUCUGGAAAUCUGGUUGGUAUCAGUAAAUUUCAAUUUACGAUCAAGAAUGGAGUGAGGCAAAGUACCAAUGAAGCUUUCAUCAGACCCAUACGGGAAAAGAGAUCCAAUCUCUUCGUAAAACCCAAUUCGAGGGUCACCAAAAUCAUCAUAAAUUCAAAAUCUAAUAAAGCAACUGGUGUAGAAUAUGUAACUUCUCGAUCUAAAACGAUAAAAAAAGCGUUUGCUCGAAAAGAGGUGAUUUUAUCAGCUGGAGCCAUUGAUUCUCCAAAGUUGCUAAUGAAUUCUGGUGUGGGACCUGCGAAAGAACUUAAAGAAGCAGGUAUUGAACUUAUCAAAGAUUUGGCCGUAGGGGAAAAUCUUCAUGACCAUGUAGCAGCAAGUGUAAUCACCUUAGAGAUUGAUAAAAAUUUAACAUUUUUUGACCAUAUCGAUCAUAGAAAAAGAGAUGUUAUGCAGUGGUUGGAAAGCAAAAGUGGUCCUGUAGUGAGCUCAGGAGUUUUGGGCGUUGUUCCAUUUUUCCAGACCUCUUUUGAAAGACGUCCAGGUGUGGCUGAUAUGCAAGUACAUUACCUAACUGAGCUUGAUGAGAAAAAAAGUAAUGGUGUUCCUUCUCAGUACAAUCUUUUUCCAUACUUUAACAAAGUCCGUGUUUAUCCAAGUCUUAUUGCUCCGAAAAGUCGUGGUUGGCUUAGGUUGAACAAAACAGAUCCAAUUUGGGGCAAUCCGUUAUUGGAUGCCAAUUUUUACUCAGAUCCUCAAGAUAUAAAGGCUUUAGUGGAGGGGAUUAAGUUCACCAACAAGUUUACAGAGACCCAGGCUUUUAAGUCUAGUGGUAUGAAGGUGGUACAAACUUCAACACCAGAAUGUCAAAAUCUUUUAUCGGAUGAAAUGCAGUACUAUGAAUGCGUUGCCAGAAAACAUUUUAUAUCUGUUUACCACCCGGUUGGAACAUGUAAAAUGGGCCCAGCCAGUGAUCCUAGAGCAGUGGUGGAUUCAAGGCUGAAAGUGUAUGGUAUUGAAGGACUGAGAGUGAUCGAUGCUUCCAUCAUGCCUAUUGUGACAAGAGCAAAUACUAACGCACCUUCAAUCAUGAUAGGGGAAAAGGGAAGCGAUUUAAUUAAGGAAGAUUGGUUAUCUGACGAAAAAUACUGUGAACUUGAUUCGUUAAAAAAUGCCAAGUAG